AUUAAAUCGUGAAAUCCGCAAAAAUAAUGAAAAUGUCAAAUUGGAUUAAAUUAUCCCUUGGAGUUCCAAAUAUCAAGGGAAGACAGCUAGUUCUGAGCAAUACUCUUGUGAAUGGACAAUGCUUUAACUGGUAUGCACUUAGAGAACAUGACUAUGUGGGGGUCCUUGGUCAAUACCUCAUCAGGAUACAACAAGACAUGAAAGACUGUGAUAUACAAUUCAGAUACCAUACUCAUAAAAAAUAUAAAGAUGAAGGUGAUGAAGAUGAUCAAGUCCACUCUCUCCUUCUAGAUUAUUUCCAAAUGAAUGAAGUAAAUUUAGAGGAUUUGUAUACAACAUGGUCAAAUGACAAACAUUUCGCUUCAAUAGGUCCAUGAAUUCCUGGUUUAAGGAUCCUCAGGCAAGAUCCUUGGGAAUGAACAAUGUCUUUCCUUGUCAGCCAGAAUAAUAACAUCAAAAGAAUUACAGGACUCAUGCUUAAAAUCAGAAGCUCCUAUGGAGAGAGAAUAGGAGACCUUGACACAGUUCUCGAUGAAGAUGAAGAGUUUGAAGACUUUACUGUUUCUGAAUUCUAUACCUUUCCAACUCUUGAUCAACUUUCCAAAGCAAAAGAAGCAGAUUUCAGAGCUCUAGGACUUGGAUACAGAGCAAAGUACAUGGAAGCUUCAUGUAAAAUUAUCCAGAAGAAAGGCGGCGAGGAUUGGAUUAGAAAUCUUAGGCUAGAUCUUAAUUCUAAAAAGAAAGAAAAUAGCAAAGAAGAAGAGAAUGAUGAUGAAGAGGAACUGAAUCGUAAAACCCAAGACGAAACACCUAAAAAAAGUCAGCUUACACUAGAAAAUUUAGAAAGCAUUAGGGCCCAACUUGUAGAACUUAAAGGAGUUGGAAAUAAAGUUGCUGACUGUAUAUCAUUAUUCUCUCUGAAUUGUCUUAAUUCAGUACCUGUGGACACUCAUGUAGCUCAGAUUGCUAAAAGAGUGUACGGGAUGAGCGAAUCUAAUGCAAAGAACUAUCCUAAAGUUGUUGAUUUAUUCUAUCAAAAAUUUGGAACUUACUGUGGUUGGGCUCAUUCAGUUCUUUUUGCAGCUGAACUUCCUCAAUACAAGCCACUUCUGGAAACAAAAAAGAAGGGUAAAAGAAAGGAAAAAGAUCUCAAAUUAUCCGAAGAUCCUGGUCAAAAAAAGAUUAAAAUUUUAAAAUAA